CCAGCUGUGAUAAGAGAAGAUCAUUCGCACAGUUGCUCCCAUAAACUGUAUUUUUAAUAGUUUUUUAGCAUUUAAACACAGUUGAUAUGUACGCGAGACUGCUGCGCAACUUGGGCGCCAAUGCCAGGUGCUUCGCCACGGAGGCCCCAAGCCCCAAGGUGCGGCCCAUCAGCAAGAUCCUGAUUUCGAAUCGCGGCGAGAUCGCCUGCCGGGUGAUCCGCACUGCCCGCAAGCUGGGCGUUCGCACCGUGGCCGUGUUCUCCGAUCCCGAUGAGCGGAGUCUGCACACGCAGCUGGCGGACGAGGCGUACCGCGUGGGCGAGGCCGCCUCCGCGUCCUCCUACUUGCGGGGCGCCCACAUCCUGGAGAUCGCAAAGCGAUCCGGGGCCCAGGCCAUCCACCCGGGCUACGGCUUCCUCUCCGAGUCCGUGGAGUUCGCCGAGCUGUGCCAGCGCGAGGGCGUCAUCUUCAUGGGCCCGCCCAGCUCCGCCAUCCGCGACAUGGGCAUCAAGAGCACCAGCAAGGCCAUCAUGGCGGCCGCCGGAGUGCCCAUCAUCAAUGGCUACCACGGCGAGGACCAGUCGGAUGAGUGCCUGCAGCGCGAGGCCCAGCUGAUUGGCUUUCCCCUGAUGAUCAAGGCCGUUCGCGGCGGCGGCGGCAAGGGAAUGAGGAUCGCCGAGAAGCCGGAGGACUUCCUCAGCGCCCUCAACUCGGCGCGCAACGAGUCGCAAAAGUCCUUCGGCGACAGCUCCGUGCUGCUGGAGCGCUACGUCCGCUCGCCGCGCCACGUGGAGGUCCAGGUCUUCGCGGAUCAGUACGGCGAUGCCGUCUACCUAUGGGAGCGCGACUGCUCCGUGCAGCGGCGGCACCAGAAGAUCAUCGAGGAGGCGCCAGCUCCUGGUUUAUCCGAGGAGCUGCGUCGCGAGCUGGGCGAGGCCGCCGUGCGCGCUGCCAAGGCCGUGGGCUACGUCGGCGCCGGCACUGUGGAGUUCAUCCUGGACAAGGAGGACCUCUCCUUCCACUUCAUGGAGAUGAACACCCGCCUGCAGGUGGAGCAUCCCAUUUCGGAGAUGAUCACGGGCACGGAUCUGGUCGAGUGGCAGAUCCGCAUUGCCGCCGGCGAGCCCCUGCCGCUGAAGCAGUCGGAGAUUGGCCGGCGAGGCCACGCCUUCGAGGCGCGCAUCUACGCGGAGAAUCCCCGCGGUGGCUUCCUGCCCGGAGCAGGGCCCCUCCGCUACUUGUCCACUCCCCAGCCCUCCGCCGAUGUGCGCGUGGAGACGGGCGUCCGCGAGGGCGACGAGGUGUCUGUGCACUACGAUCCCAUGAUUGCCAAGCUGGUCGUUUGGGGCGAGAACCGCGCGCAGGCGCUGAACUCCCUGGUUGCUCGGCUGGGAGAGUAUCAUAUCUCUGGCCUGGACACGAACAUCAACUUCCUCAUCGAUCUGGCCUCGCAUCCGGAGUUCCAGCUGGCCAAUGUGCACACCGGUUUCAUAGACGAGCACUUCGACACGCUUUUUCCGCCAAUUGUCAUCAGUGAGCAGCAGGUGAGCCAGGCUGCACUGGCGCUGGUCUUCAAUGAGCUACAGGCAGCCUUUAGCAACGGAAACCAGGGGCAGGAUCCUUUUGCCGCCACGCCCAACGCUCGUCUCAAUUACUCCUUGAUCCGCACCUAUAACUUGAAGGCGAAUGAGAAGGUUUACACGGUGGCCGUAAAGUUCGAUGGCGAGGAUGUGCAAAUUCAGGUGGAUAAUGGCGACUGGCAGGUGAUCAAGGCGGAACGAGUGCAGGAUGGAGGUCGUUUGAAAAUCCGUGCCAAUAUCAAUAGCAACCUCACCACCUACAAUGCCAAUAUUGAUGGUUCCACUGUUUGCUUGUUCUUGGAAGGCGGCAAGUUGGACUUUGAGCUGGUGCAGCCCAAGUUUCUGAGUGCCCAGGUCGAUGGACUGGGAGCAGGUGGCUCCCGCGUGGUGGCACCCAUGCCCGGAGUCUUGGAAAAGGUCCUGGUGAAGCCAGGAGACCAGGUGAAGAAGGGCGACAGCUUGGCCGUGCUAAUUGCCAUGAAAAUGGAGCACAUACUGAAGGCACCCAAGGAUGCCACUAUCAAAUCGAUCGGAGGCGCCGAGGGCGACAAUGUGGCCAAGGGAUCGGCCGUGAUCACUUUCGUCGACGAGGAGGAGCUCGAGGCCAAGUAAUGGGAGUUACUCCUUAGCGUACCAGGGAUUUUGUUGCAUUUAUUUACAAUAUUCUAAAUAUUUUAUUUACCCGCCUUCAGGGAUGACCAAGUGCAUUUACUAGUCUAAGUUAUCAUGUCCAUAUAAUGGAGCAUUAAACGUCUUAAAGCUGUUAA